AUGUUCACCAAGACUAUCAUCCUCGCUCUCGCCGCUGUCGCCGCUGCCGUUCCCAACGUAGCCCGCCAGGACAACUGUGGUGCCAACAGCAAAUUCCACUGCUGCGACUCUGCCACUGCCAAAAAGAUCGAGGCCAUUGGAGUCAUUCCUAUCACUGACGUUGCCGAUCUUCACCAAUUGCUUGGCCAGUGCAAUGCCAUCGUCCCAAUCAUCCCCAUCGUCAGCCCCAACAAGCAAUGUACCCAGAAUGCUAUUUGCUGCGGAGAAUACGAGCAGAAUGGCCUCAUCAACCUCGGCUGCACUCCCAUCUCUUUGUAG